AUGAAUAAACUAACGUUUAUAUUUUUACUCAUAUCGUUGGUAUGGUUGGCAUCGAUAUUGGUAUACCUAACUAGAAAUCAAGGUGGUGAAGGUGCAACAGGUGGAGGUCCGACUACUUCCCCAGCUACUCUUCCUACCAAAGAGGUAUUCCAUUGCGAACAUAUAGAUGCUGUUUACACUUGGGUAAAUGGUAGUGACCCAAUUCACAUUGAAAAGAGAACUCAAAGAUCUGGUAAUAGCAGAUAUUCACAACCAGGUAACAAUAGAUUCAGAGAUUUGAUGGGUUUGAAAUACAGUUUAAGAAGUUUGAAAAAGUAUGCUCCAUGGAUUAGAAGGGUACAUGUUGUUGCCGACGACCAAUAUCCUUCAUGGUUUGAUACAAAUAACGAUGAGAUUAACUUUAUCUUUCACAGAGAUUAUUUCCCAAAUGUUGAAGAUGUACCAACAUUUAAUUCUAAUGGUAUUGAAGCCAACUUUUUCAAUCUACCAGAUGAUCAGGUAGCUGAUUGUUUUAUUUAUUUUAAUGAUGAUAUUUUUGUUGGAUCACCAAUUGAACCAAAAGAUUUUUGGGAUCCAGUAUAUGGUCAAGCAAUUUAUAAAUCAUCAUGGACAGCACCACAAUCAAAAGAGAAACAACAAAAUAUUUGGCAUGCAUCGGUAGCCUAUACCAACGAACUUUUAAAUAGAGAAUGGGAGGUUGACAAUUCAAACAGACACUAUGCUUCACAUGGUGCCAACUUUUUCAACAAAAAGAUUUUCAAAGACAUGCAACAAUUGUUGCCAGAGGAAUUCAAGGCUACUGCCCGUCAUCCAUUCCGUACUGCACAAGAUGUCCAAGUUCCAUUCCUCUACCUUCAAAUGGUUCAACGUUACUAUGCCACGUUUACACCACGUGCCAUUAAUCACUAUGCUCUCAUUCAAGACGAUCUUUCAAAGAUGAAGGUCGAAUAUAAAAAGAUUCUCGAUCGUCGUCCAAAGACUGUUUGCCUCAACGAUGGUCUCUCUGUCGACAAUCCAAAUCAAGAAGUUAUCGAUGAAUUAUAUAUAAUGUUUGAAACUUUCUUCCCAGAGAAACCUUCAUGGGAAUUGUAA